AUGUCUGUCGAAGUCAUCAACACCAUAUCACCCACUACCGGUGAGACCGUCAUCACCCGCAAUGGGGUGUCUUCGGCCGACCUGGACCUGCUGCCCAAGGUGGCGACUGAAGCGUUCCACAGCUUCCGCAAGACUACGCUCAAGGAGCGACAGGAAAUAGUCAAAAAGUUCCUCAAGGGCCUCGCCGAUCGUGAGGCGGAACUCGCAGAGGAGCUAACCGUGCAAAUGGGCCGACCAAUCGCGUUCACUGGAAAGGAGAUCACGACUGCCGUGAAGCGAGGCGAAUACCUCCUCAAGGUCAGUGGGGAGGCCCUCCAAGAUACCGAUGGCGAGGCAGAGAAGGGUUUCAAGCGAUUCAUUCGCAAGGUUCCAGUUGGUCCUGUACUAGUCAUCUUUGCAUGGAAUUACCCGUAUCUGAUCCUCGUCAACUCUCUUGUGCCUGCCAUCUUGGCAGGUAACAGCAUUAUCCUAAAGCCCUCCCCGCAGACUCCCACCAUUGCGGAGCGCGUCUCCGAGAUUUUCACUGCCGCGGGUCUGCCCCAGGGCGUCCUCCAGUACUUCCACUGUGGCUCGCCGAGCACCAUGGAGACGAUCGUGCGGGACCCCAGGAUCGAGCUUGUGUGCUUCACUGGAUCUGUCGCCGGCGGUCUCUCUGUGCAAAAGGCGGCCGCUGACCGGAUCGCCAACAUUGGUCUGGAGCUUGGUGGCAAGGAUCCCGCCUACGUACGCAGCGACGUAGACAUUGACUGGGCCGCUGAAGAGAUUGUAGAUGGCUCUAUAUUCAAUUCCGGCCAGAGCUGCUGCUCUCUAGAGCGUGUGUACGUUGACGAGAGUAUCCAUGAUGCUUUUGUUGAAGCUGUGCAAAAGGUGCUCAGCGGCUACAAGCUGGGUGACCCCUUUGACAAGAGCACCCACAUAGGACCCGUCAUCUCGACCCGAUCCAAGGAGGCCAUCGAGGGUCAUGUCAAGGACGCCAUCUCCAAAGGCGCCAAGGACGCCACGCCGGCGAACGAGACAUUUGACAAUCUGCCGGCCAAGGGUAACUUUGUGAAGCCGACCCUGCUGACCGGUGUGGACCACAGCAUGACUGUCAUGACCGAGGAGACAUUUGGACCUGUCAUCCCCGUGAUGAAGGUCAAGAACGACGCUGAGGCCAUCAAGUUGAUGAAUGACAGCGAAUUUGGUCUCACCGCCAGCAUCUGGACCAAGGAUACCGACAAGGGCUACGAGCUAGCCGAGGACGUGGAGGCCGGCACCGUGUUUGUCAACCGGUGUGACUACCCCAGCCCUGACCUGGCGUGGACUGGGUGGAAGAACUCUGGCCGCGGCCAUACGCUAAGCAAGUUUGGCUUUGAUGCAUUUGUCAAGCUCAAGAGCUUCCACUUGAAAGACUACCCGAAAUGA